AUGGUACGCAACAUCAAGAAACCCAAGAUCUCUGCCGAUGCCUACUACGAUGAGGAUGAUCUCGAGCCUCCUCCACCUCCAAUUCACAACCAACAUCGGCAUACCGACUUCAAUGUCCAAAGUCAGAGUGGAUCCCGACUUCGAUCGACGACAACAUAUCACGAUGUACCAGCCAGUCCACCCCCGCUUCACACAGAGCUUCACGAUCCAGUCCUGAAUGACUACGGUGAAGGCGAGGAUCUGUCAUGGCUGGAUGGACCGACACUGGAGGAGGAAAACAGUGACUCGGAUGACGAUGAUGACCCAAUCAAUGGAUUGGAUCCACGAACCUCCGCCGAGGAUGCCACCGUCGACCAGGAUGACCCGCACCUUCAUGACUGGCUUCCUCGGAUCUGGGAUUUCAUGGAGGAAAUGUUCCGUGCAGAGACUCCGGUGGGGGUCUCCAAGGUCUGUGCACGCUGUGGCUUAACGGCAGAAGAAGUGAAGCUCUAUCGCUGCGCAUCUUGUAACGAGGAACAUCUGUAUUGCGACGAGUGCAUGGUUUGCCGGCACUAUGGAAAUCCCUUCCAUCGCAUGCUUGAGUGGACUGGAACGUUCUUCAAACGCGCGACCUUAGCUGACCUUGGGAUGGUCUUUCCUCUGGGUCACGGGCCAGGCUCAUGCUGUUCGAGUCCUCGACGUGGCCGGCUCCAUGUCCUCGAUCUGGAAGGCAUCCAGACACUCUACAUCGACUAUUGUUAUUGCACGCAAUCCCGUUCUCGAUGGUGGCAGCUCCUUCGGGCAAGGUUAUUCCCUUCAACCAUAGUGGAGCCUCAGAUCGUUGCAACUUUUCAUACGCUGGAGAUCUUCCAUAUGCUGUCGUUCAUGUCAAAAGUAUCAGGAUAUGAGUUCUACCACACUCUGGUUAGGCUGAGUGAUAAUACGGGUACUUGCAUUCCUCCAAAUCGUUUCCAAGCGUUCAUGCGAAUGGUCAGGGAAUGGCGACACCUCAAGUUGCUGAAGCGCAAGCUCGACAAGUCCCCACGAGAUUUCAAGGAUACCCCACCCAGAGAACUUCCUGUACCAGCGGGGUCCUUGGCAGUGAAAUGUCCAGCAUGUCCCUGGCCUGGGAUAAAUUUAGAGGAGGGUUGGGAGAAUGAUACAGAUGAGCCAUGGAAGUAUACCCUCUACAUCGCCAUCGAUGCGAACUUCCGACUGGUCCGUCUCGUCGUUUCGAAUUCGAGCCGAGAUCCCAGUCUGACAAAUGGGGCUGCCUACCUCGUGCAGCAAGAGGAUUUCCGUGCUCAUGUCGCUGAGUAUGGCAAACGCAUCCCGUACGAUCCCAGUGACUGUCGAGAUCAUGAAGCCGUCAAGCUUGCAACGACAAAGCGAGGUGCAGGAUUGGCAACGAGUGGCAUGGCGAUGGUGGAUUGUGCCCGGCAUGACUGUAAGAACCCUAGCGCCGUGACAAUACUGGACCACGGGGAGGAACAAGUGCGCAUGGAUUACAUCUUCUGUGGCCGUCUUCAACAUCCGACUCCACGGCGUGUGGUCGUCUCUUAUGAUAUCAACUGUCAAUGGUCGAAAAAAUUAUGGGAGCGUAUCGACAUAUACCCGACAUCCAUGAGGCCCCGACAAGCACCGAGUGACUUUGUUUAUCUGAUCCCGAAGUUUCAUUUGCCUGCUCACAUUCCAAGCUGCCACGUCAAGUAUUCGUUUUACAAGACACCGCACGUGGGUGAGACUGAUGGGGAAGCCCCGGAGCGCGGGUGGAGCCGACUGAAUCCUCUAGCGGCGAGUUUGAAGGUCAUGGGUCCGGGAGGUUAUCUCGACACGUUGGAUGACCACAUUGGUGACUACAAUUAUAGGAAAACUACGUUGAUGGGUAGCACCCUCCUCAAAGCUGUGAUAGAUGCUAUACUGGCUCAGACCCUUCAUGCAGCCAUUUACGCUGAGUUUACUACGAGUCUACCUCAUGAGGAAGUCAUAAAGUGGACGCAAGCUGUAGAAGACUGGGAAAAGGACCCGAUUAAUACGGUCAAUCCGUUUGAUACGACAGUAACACAACUGACGACAAACAAGGUUCGUCUGACGCUCGCCCAAGAGGAGGCUGCUGAAUUGGCAAGAAUAACGGCCGCUCAAGUGCAGCAAGCAGAGCAAUCGCAGCCACCGACACAGACACUGCAGGAUGCCGACGCGGCGAUUUUUGCCGUGGCGCAUGAGAUCGGUCCGAGCACAAUGAUAUAUCAAGGGGUAGAGCUGGAGAAUGAUCAACGUCGUCUCAAGUUGGCGUAUACGGCUCUCGGUGCGCAUUCAACAGAUCGUGAGAGGGCACGGGUGCAGGAGGGCAUGAAUCGGAUUCGCCGGCGUCUCGAUGUCUGGUUUGAGAUCCAACAGCUGUACAUGCCUGAGGUAGCAGCGUUACGCACCGACUGGAACAAGGCACAACUCGCAGCAAAAGCAAGAGCGGAGCUUGUUGCUGCUGAGGCGGCUGUCGCAGCGUCGGAUGUGGCUGAGGACCCGAAGAAGAAGACGUCGAAGAAGCGCAAGCCACGCAAGCGUCGCGCUCGGGUAAAACCGAUGGAAGAGGCUCUGGAGGCCGUCAACAUACCCCUCUUCCUCCCUAGCAGCACGAUCAGUCGUAUCCAAAGCAACAAAAAGCUCCUCGACUUCGAGUUUCGUUUGCGUGAGGCUGAGGUGUAUGAAUGUCUCAUGACAUUACAUCGACUGUUGAUUUAUCAAUCACAUAUCUACAAGUUCAAGGAUCGCCAUGUCACAGGACAGCUAAUGAGCACCCGAGCGAGGUCGACGAUCAAGAGCGUAAUCGAUAACAUCGAUGAAGCUGAAAAUCGAUAUCGCAAGCUUCGGGAACAUCUCGUUGUCCUGGCAGGAGCUCUUGAUGGGGCAAAAGAUGGUUGGGAUCGGCAGUUGCGUGUGCUAGAUGCCAUGGAUGUCCGUCCCCUCGAUGAGAGCCUACCCGGAGAGACGGAAGGUCGGCGAACUAUGAGUUGGAUAUGGCGUGUUCACCGUCAUGAGACUGAUGUGGAGGAGACUGUGGAAGCUUUAAGGAUAGAGUGGUGCAAGACCCAGGCUCGAGCCCAUCGCUGGCGAGAAGAGGUGAUCUUGGUUUUGGAGGAGAUGAAGCGCGUCAAAGCUUUCUUCGCCUGGGAGGGCCAAAAAUGGCUGUUACGAGCAGCACGAGAGGAUAUAUCGGAGGGCGAAUGCGCUUAUGCACUGUGCCAGGCGGAUAUUCGGGCUCGUAUGAGGCAGCACUGCAUUGAAGUCUGGAAGGAUGUCCCAUUGUGGUUGGCAUCAGGUACGGUGCCGAAGUCAAAUCGUGGACGUCCCAAGCGCCUGAAACCAGUGGAUAGACCUGUAGAUAUAGCGAAUGUAGAUCUUGCACAAUAG